AUGAAAAGUAAACAGCUUUCAUGCCUUGACUGCAACCAUGAAAACGAACAUAAUCACGAUUGGAUCACAAUUCGAAGGAACUUCAGCAGUCGCUUUCAGGAAAUAUUAGCCGAUGAUGCUAUAAUGGAGAACAUCACAACUUUUGAGCCUGAAAUUGUGAAAAUAAUUCAAGAUUUUGAUGCUGCAUCUUAUGCUUUAUACGUCGAAGUUGAGAAGAAGUUUACAUUUUAUGGAGCUUUGUUCUAUUGCUGCUAUUUAUGCACAACUAUCAAACAUACCGACAUAUCACCAUACUCACUCCUUGGACGAACAUUAAGCUAUGUUUACACGGUAGUUGGAAUUCCACUUUUCAUCGUUUUCCUUUUGGAUUUUGGAAUGCUGUACGCACAGCUGGUCAAGUGA